GCUCCCCACGACCUUUAGGGGGCGGACCCGGCAAGCGGGGCGGCGCGUGACCUGGGCCGAGGCGCGGUGCGCUCAGGCACUGAUGUUUGAACUGGAAACUUCAAAACUUUUGAAAGAACCUUCAGGAUGGCUUUGAACUCUUCAGGUUAGAAAUCUGUCAGAACAUUUCCUCCAGCCGGCAUGCGUCUCCCUGUGGGGAUUUCCUAGAGGAGCUCGAAGAGGUCAUUCUGCAGACAGCCAUGCUGAUGGCUCAUCGGUCCUGCCUGAUGGAUUUGGCUUUCUAGUAGUCUCUUGCUUUAUUAUGUUCUCUGCCGCAGUUCUAGAAGCUGUAGAGACAAUCGUGGAACGGAGAGGUCUGCAAGGAAGGAAGUAGUACUUUCCUGCUGACUAAAAACUAAGCAACUGGCAGUUUUGACACAAGACUCUUAAUCUUCCCCCACCUGGAUUCACUGGUUUGGGGACACAGUUGGAAACAAGAAGUGACACUGGGAAAGGAAAUCCAGAUGAAGAGGAUGAGGCCUACUGGAGAGUAAAUGGCCGCCUCCACUUCUCCAGAGACAAAGUCAGCCUCCUGGUGGAAUUAUUUUUUUCUUUAUGAUGGCUCCAAGGUGAAGGAAGAAGGAGAUCCAACCAGAGCUGGCAUUUGUUAUUUUUAUCCUUCCCAGACCAUCCUUGACCAGCAGGAGCUGCUCUGUGGGCAGAUCGCUGGAGUCGUCCGCUGUGUCUCUGACAUUUCCGGCGCUCCUCCCACUCUCAUUCGCCUGCGGAAACUGAAGUUUGCCAUAAAGGUUGAAGAAGAUUACCUCUGGGUGCUGGGUUGUGCUGUGGAGCUCCCUGAUAUCAGCUGCAAGCGGUUCCUAGAUCAACUCAUUGGGUUCUUUAAUUUCUACAAUGGUCCUGUUUCUCUGGCUUACAAGAACCAAUCUCAAGAGGAGCUGAGUUUGCAGUGGAAUGCUUUCAUUGAGCAAGUUCUGAAAAACACUAGUGAUCUGCAUAAGAUAUUCAAUUCUCUCUGGAACCUGGAUCGAACCAAAGUGGAUCCCCUGCUGUUGCUGAAGGCAGCCCUCAUCUUGCAGACCUGCCAGCGUGCGCCUCACAUUCUAGCUGGCUGCAUCCUCUAUAAAGGAUUGAUUGUGAGCACCCAGCUUGUGCCCUCCCUCACUGCCAAGAUCCUGCUUCACAGACCUGCACCUCUGGACCAGAGACCACCUGCAGCAGGGAAUGCUCCACAGGACCUGGCCCAGGGAGAGCCCUGCCCAUGUUGCUUUACAAUUCCAGGAGCAGCGUUUCCGCCAAAUGUCCAGAUCACCCCUGUCUUCCUCACCGAAGAGGAAGUUGCCAGUCUCCAUGAGUUCCCAGUGGAGCAGAUGCCCAGGCCAGCCAGGCCCCAGGACAGCACGGCCCAGCAUCUUGCAAAGGAUUGGAGCACAUCUGCCCUAAAAAAAGAUGCCACCAGGCAAGUGGCAUCUGCAGCUCGGAUGUCACCUACCAUCCUGGAGCCCAUGUUCCCUGACAGAGUGUGGCCAAAGGGCAAAGGAGAGAAUGGAUAUUUGCCUGGCCAUGAGAGGGACGAAUGGGGGCCCACAGGACUGCACACUACUGCCAGGGGCGAGGUCCCUGGCCUCAGCUGCUCCUUGCACAAGGAACCAGGCUUUCUUCAGGAGGAGAUUGACUUGUCUGAAAUCCAUAUUCCAGAAGCUCAGGAAGUGGGAGCAUUCUCAGGUCAUUGUGCCUUCCCACAAGUGUGUGCCCCAGCUGGCAGAGGUCUUUACCGCGAGGACGCUGUCAGUGAUGCCAGCAACCAGGAACGCAUGCCACCUGAGGACAUGGCCACCAGCAGUCACCUCUCUUCCUCCUCACCUGAUGUGCUCACCCAGAAUGGAGCCCGAGAGCAGUAUGGAGACCUUCAUGGCACCAGCAGCCACACCCUUGUUCCUGGAACAGACCCCCUUCCCAGGCAGACCAGCUGGCCAUUGUCCCCUCACCCAGAUCCAGAUCCUGAGCAGAGAGGAAGUGAGCUUCUUGGAGGGGACCAAGGUGCAGAUCAGCAGGUUGAUGGUGUCUGUGAGAGCCUCGCAGCUACUGGUCUAGAGUGUAUUUCUGAUUCAGCAGACUCCCUGCACGAUGGCUCCUCCGCAGACAGAGUUGAUUCCAGGUUGGCCCCAGUGGGGGUCCCCGUGAGACUCAUGCAGAUGAACCUCUACACCCACAAUGUUAAGGGGUUGGUGCUAUGCCUGCUUGCCGAGGCACCGCUACUGAGAGACAGCACAGCCAUUGAGGAAGUGGAAUGCCUCCACGGCUGUGUAUGCCUGCUGCAGCCCUGCCCAGGAGACCUAUUUCCAACCGCUGAUGUCUGCCGCCCGGGGCUCUGGCUUCCCGAACCCACAGGAUGGAGCCUUCAGCCUCGCGGGCAAAGCCAAGCAGAAGCUGCUGAAGCACGGGGUGAACUUGCUGUGAGCCAGGCCGCAGCCCAAGCCCACUCACUGCCUGGCAGCAGCCUCAAGACAGUGCCAGCAAGGGAAGCUCCACCUUUUAUAAUGGAAAAGGUCCCUCCGUUUUUCCUGGAGUAGUACCUUUUAUGGAACAGAACAUUUGAGUUUUUGUGACUCUUUUUGCAGGUUGGAAUGUGGAUAUGUGGGGGCUGUUCUUAGGGUCUGCAUACACAGUGCACUUGGUAAAGAACUCGAUCAUACCAGCAGUAUUGGGCCAAGAUGGCCACUCUCUCUUCAUACCAGAGAGGUUCAGGGUCAGUUUCCAUCAUACGGAGCCGGGGGCAUUUGAUUAUUUCCUGUUGCUGUCCAUCCCGGCCUGAACGGCUGCCAAAGCAUUCUGGGGCGGCAGUCUAUAGACCUGGGCUGUCCUGGUCCCAGUGUCUUCAGCCCUACAACCAGGUGGGUGUGGGGCCUGACUGCACAGUGAGGAGGUGGGUCUGUUAUCAGGCUGUCCCCGCUGCCACUGCUCAGGGUCCUCCUGUGUGGUCCUCCUGGGAGGUCUGUGGAAAAGGGGCGCUGGGUCCUCAGAAUACAGCAGUGGGCCAAGUCCUGAUGAUACAGAUGGGAACGGGGGCCAUGGAGGUCACGAAUCACAUCCCCAAGGGCAGAGAUGGAGAAUUGGUCUGUGCUGCCUUUGGGAAGGAGGGGGUUAUGCAUCUGCCUCCUGUCCAGUGGGUGUCCCAGAUAGGAGUGUCCAAGACUGGGGGUAGAGCGGGACUGCGCCCUCCAGUGGUGGUUGUGAUGAAGGGAACAGCAUGCGGUUCUGUGUUUCUGAACCCAUGUGGCCUCCCACAUUGGCUCUACUACUUCUGAUCAAGUCUUUUGUGAUCAUAUGAUGUAGAUUGCAGGCUGAAUCUCAACUGAAUGUUUACUGCCAGAACCUGAAGUGCUGUUUGAAAGUGAUGAUGUUAAUGAUUUCAUGUCAGUGAACAAUAUCUAAUGUUUAUGACGUGGUCUCUUGACACAGGUUUCUAAGGGCCAAUAAUAAAAUGGCCAAAAACCAUGAGUACA